GAGCAAUCUAGAUUCUUUUGAUGAACAUGAUGAUACUGAAUUACGGAAUGCACUUCGAAGAGCUCAUCUAAUUGAUGAUGUAACUACAGGUUCAGGCGCUGAAAAUGAUAACAAAUUAUCACAGAAUGAACAAUCACAAAGUCAAAUAACAUGGACUCUCGACGCUCCCGUUAGUGAAAAUGGUAAUAAUUAUAGUCAAGGUCAACGGCAGUUGAUUGCACUCGCGAGGGCAUUGGUUCGUAGAUCUAAGUUGAUUAUUAUGGAUGAGGCAACAGCUAGUGUAGAUUUUAAGACAGACCGUAUGAUUCAAAAAACAAUACGUGAAGAAUUUAGUGAUGCAACUCUACUAUGUAUUGCACAUCGUUUAAGAACAGUUGUAGAUUACGAUAAAAUUUUAGUGUUAGAUGCUGGAAGGAUUGUGGAGUUUGAUCAUCCAUAUAUUCUCCUGCAAAAUCCAAACUCAAUGUUUCGUGGAAUGUGUUAUCGAAGUGGUGACUUGGCAGAAUUAGUCGAAAUUGCUAAGGCAAAAUAUGACAAUGAUUGUGGAAAUAUUGGUGUUUAG